GCGGACCCCGGACCCCGGGGCCCAGCCGCCCCGCCAGGCCCCCGAGCCCGCUGCCGGAGCCCCACGGGAAGCACCGGCUCUGAGCCCCCCGGAGCCCGCGGACUCAGAAAACCACUACAGGUGAAGACUAGUAGAAAGAGACGUUUUCUGAAGCACCCGUGGAGGAGGAGCACUGGUUAGUGUCACAAGGACGAGCUCAGUCUUUGCCAAAGAUGAAGUAGUCUUUGCUUCUGCUUCGCUUCCCGCAAAACUCUUCAUAACAUGGGCUGCAUGAAAUCAAAGCAAACUUUCCCAUUUCCCACCACAUUUGAGAGCGAGAAGCGACAUGCAAGUGAAGAAAACUUCAUGUCUGAAGAGAGAUUCCUACCCAGGAUGCCUUCCCCAGUUACCGUCAGAAAGGAAGCGAAGGAACCACCAGCGCCUAAAAUUGUGGUUUUCGAAUUUGCACACCGCCUAUCCCAGGAGAUCUUGAGUGACGCCUUGAAGCAGUGGGCAGGCGAGAACAUCAAGUACUAUGACAUCCCAUACAUUGAGAGUGAAGGGCCCUGACGUCGUAGGAGAAGGAGGAGAACUUUCUUGAAUUGUGGGUAAAGCUGGUGCUAGUUUAAAUAUGUGAAAUAGCAAAAA